UGGCAUAAGGCAGCUGGCUUAAUCCCAGGGUAUCACUUGCAAUGACCGGAAUAUUCAGACUAACUUAUACAGCUGCCUUGAGCGCUCGGAUACGUUCCAGGGAGAGUUGCACCUACUUGUAUCGAGUUAUGAAAUUAAUGGGCUGGAUAGCACCCAAGCAGGGUAUUAAGCGGUAUAUGUACUUGGCUUGGAUGUGCUUGGUUUUUCUAUUUCCAUCGCUUUAUCUGCCAUUUGGUCUCGGCCUAAGUUUAAUUUAUAACUUCGAGAAUUUUACUCCCAGCGUAUUUCUGAGUGUACUUCAAAUGGCUUUCAACGUAUCCGGAGCAACCGUUAAAAGUUAUAUUGUGUACGUUUAUAUGAGUCGUCUGAACCAGACAAGAUCGAUAAUGGACGCUCUGGAUGAGCGACUGCAGAGCGACAGCGAUCGGAUGAAGAUCCACAAGGCUGUGGCUAGUUCAAAUUAUCUAUUUAUGGUUUAUGCAGUGCUUUAUAUCAGCUAUACGGUGUCAGUGUUUGUGGUGGGCUUGGCAAAUAGACAGCCGCCCUGGAUGAUCUACAAUCCGUUCUUCGAUUGGCGCAAAGGCGUGGCCAGCCUGUGGCUGCAUGCGAUGCUCGAGUACAUUCUGAUGGUAUCGAUGACCAUACUGGUGCUCAUCAUAGACACAUACACUCUUGUGUUUAUAAUUAACUUUCGAGCCCAUAUCGAUGUACUGAAGGAUCACAUUCGAAAUCUACGCACCGAUCCACUGCAGACUGAGGCCAAGAACUAUGAUGAACUGGUCUACAACAUUAUUUAUCACAAACUAAUAGUGCAAUGCUGCAACUUGAUGCGUCCAGUUAUGUCUCAAACCAUUUUCAUACAGUUUUUACUGGUUGGCGUCGUACUGGGCGUGACUAUGAUAAAUGUCUUAUAUUUCUCUGGUUUAUUUCGUGCAAUUUCCUCGAUCUUGUUUGUCACGGCCCUGCUGUUUGAGACCUUUCCCUUUUGCUAUCUGUGUGACCAGCUUGUCAAUGAUUGCUACGAAUUAUCGAAUCUUCUGGGUGAAUCGCAUUGGAUCGACGCAGAGCCCAAAUAUAAGUCCACGCUGAAGUUUUUCAUGCACAACCUGCAACAGCCGAUUAUCUUUACUGCUGGCGGCAUUUUUCUCAUCUCACUGAACAGCAAUAUCCAGGUGGCCAAGUUUGCGUUCAGCGUGAUGACUAUAGUUCAGCAAAUGAAUCUGGCCGAUCGAUUUAAAUAAGUUAAGUAAAAAAAGGCUUCAGCCUGUCUGAAGGAAAAUAGACUUUUGAGUAGCAUCAAUUUGUAUGGCAACACGAAAAUCAAUUUGCAAAUUAUAUCCAGCCAAAACACACACCUUGGAGAAGGCAUAAAAGUAGCUGCUUACUCCCUACUUCGAUUUAUUUUGUUACCAUAUUUUAUUGACUUUGCAAAGUCAAAGCAUAUUGUCGAAGCAAUUUCUCAUUAAUUAUUAUAUUU